GUGACUUCAUCAUCAGUUCCUGGUAAGAUGUGUCAUCAACUGUAUAUAAGAGCUGGUGUUUCUCUGGUUCAGGACGACUGAAGCUACAGACGCUGAGAAGGAAGAAGAGAAGAUCGUUCUGCAGCAGGUAAUCAUCAUCUUCAACAUCUGCAUCAUCUCCACCAUGAAGACGCUGACUCUGUCUGCACUUCUUUGUGCCAUGAUGGCUCUGACCAGAGCUGCUGCUCUUCCAGACGCAGAGGAUGGACCUGGGACAGAGGGAUCUGCUGUCCAAGAAGAGAGUCAUGUUGUCAAGAGGGCCACAGUAUGUCCUAAUGAUUGGACUCCUUUCAAUGGUCGAUGUUAUCUCUUCGUUCAACAACCCAUGAUUUGGGCUUUGGCUGAGAGAAACUGUCACUCUUUGGGUGGAAACCUCGCAUCUGUUCAAAACUCCAAGGAGUCCGGUGUGAUUCAGGCGGUGAUGACAUUGAGCAACACUCAAAAUCAAAUAGUAGCUUGGCUUGGAGGGUCUGAUGCACAACAGGAGGGACAUUGGUUCUGGAGUGAUGGUACGCCUUUCCACUUUGGUCAGUGGUGUCCUGGACAGCCUGACAACGCUGGUGGUCGUCAGAACUGUGUCGUUUUUAAUUUUAGAGAUGCGAAAUGCUGGGAUGAUGCUGCUUGUGAUGUUCAGUACCCAUCUAUCUGUGUCAGAGAGGAAUGAUAAAAGCAUGAGGAACCUGUCAAAAGCACAAACACUGAUUUUGUGGCUGUGAGGAAACUCGUCUCUCUUUACGCCACCAGUCUCAUAUUUUACCUGAAGGCUCUAUAUCUCAUUUUACAUCUUUAUUUCUUCUCUAUCGCUGUAACGCUACUUAAGGAACGAAGCGACAAGUGAGCAGCUGGAUUGUCUCUGUCUCUUUAAUACGAGCAGACUGAAUGUGUAAUGAAAAGAAAGCUUUUAACACAACUUUAUACUGUAGAGUGAACUGUUUUUUCUUGUCUUAUGCAAAAUUAAAAGUCUCAAGAAGCAUUGAAACAA